AUGGUAAUUCGAAUACCUGUCAAGCGAGAUGUCCUGGAAAUGGAAACAGAAGACCUUUUGGUCAACGCAGAAUAUGGCGAGGCGGGAGCAACCUCUGGUAACGAUGAUUCAGGGAGAAAGAGGAAUGUCAAAAUUGUUGCUCUGAUUGUCCUGGCUGUUCUCGUGGCAGUCUUUGUACUUCAAAUAGAUUCUACAGUAUCAGAAGAUGUAAUGGAAGGCUCAGAAGAAGUGAUGCAUAAGGAUAUGCAUGGUAGCAGCUUUGGAGGAAUCAAUAACGUGGCUUCGCCUGGAGGAGCAAAAGCUGCAUCCAAAUUGGCAGGAGUGGCAUAUGAAGAUAUCAUUGUUCCCGUGUCCAACGUUGGACAUGCUACCCCCUCACUGAAUGAAGCUAAUAUUCGAAACUUGGUGGGACACUAUAUGCACGAUGAGCAUCGAUCGCCCUACAGUUCCCAUCUAUAUGACAAACCUAAAGAAUUCUUGGAUGAACAACAAGAAAAAUACCUUUCAAAGAUGAAACGAGUUCGAGAGGAAUGGGGAGCCUGGAAUUUUCGAGAUCCAUCAACAAAAAAGCGGACAGCUGCUAAUUUCGAGAAAGCCCCAUAUAAGGAUCUGAACGCAACCAAGUUUCCAGAGUCUUCCUGGCAAGUGGAUGAAGAAUACAAUCAGGAAUUUCUGAAGGAAGCAAAGGCUUUGGUCAACCGAAUGAAAAACGCAAUAUAUGCCGAAUAUGGGUGGCCAGUUAAACCCGACAUGACACAAGAAGAAAAGGAGAAGCAUAACGAAUUAUGGAAAAUCCAUGUGGGCUCUGUUGAAUCUUCCUCCCAUCCGAGCCCUCAAACUGGGAUUGCAGCCCUCACAAGCGCUGGGAUGGAUGGGUUGGUACGCAAGCUUCUGCAUGCCAUGAUGACUCAUGAUGACUUUUACGUCGUGUUGGCGGGGCAUUCUGCUGCAGCUGGUCAUGGGAACGACUUCAUGCAGAAUCGAAUCAUGGCAUUUCACAAAAUCAUGGAACCAAUCUUUGACAAACUGGGCAUGCGUCUCAUUAGCAGAAAUAUGGCCAUGGGUGGUGUAGGAACACUACAGUUCUCGCUUGCUGGUGGAGAUUUGUACGGGGAAGCAGACAUUUUUGAAUGGGACUCGGCAAUGACUGAGAAGGGCCCGUCGGUGGAUCUUUUCAACAAGCAAGCGAUUCUAUCUGGAGAACGAGUGCCUCUUAUCAUGACAGAAGACCGAUUCUAUUACAAUAUUAUUGAAGAGACUGGAGGGUCUGCAUACAUGGGACAGUACGCCACUGAUAACACGCCCAUUUUCCCCCAGACAACACUUGAAAACGUCAAAACUAUUCCGUACGCUGCACAAUGGUACGAUCAAUCCGAAGAGAAAUACAAUUCCAUUUGUUGGGAACCACGAAGUGACUUUACACCAGAAACGAAGCAAAGCGAACAUCCUGGAUCGCAAGUAUCAUGGCACCCGGGAAAUCGACAUAUGACCUGGCAAGGCAGAAGGCUGGCUCUCGUUGUCCUUCAGGGUCUGACGCUUGCCUUGGAAAAGUGGGAGACGGAGACAAGGUCCAAGGGAUAUCCGCUUGCCGAAUCACAUUGGCACGUUGGCAAAGAAUACCAAGCUAUCCGAGAUAAUCUUCGUAAGCACGUUUCAACUCCAAAACUGAACGAUGACAACGAAGAUAUACGGUCCGAUUGCGAGAAUGUUUUCCCUUGGAUCCCACGAAUUUGUCGUGUACAAAUGCAUGGUUUCGGGAUGUGGUCUCCACGUGUCCUCAAUGAUUUUGACCUUUUGAAACUAAUCCAUCCGGCACCUAAUGGCUACGUUCCUGAUUAUCCUCAGAGCAAUCUCUACAAUGGGUUCGACCUUAUGCCACUUAGUCAAGCCCUUCCCGACAAUGAAGUCGAUGUGCACGCUGUCGCCAUUGCAACAACCGAUCCUGCUCCCAACGAUUUGGAUCAUGAUUGGAUAGACGAUGAAAAUAAGCUAUCUGGAAACAGUGAAUCACCACCCACACGACGACUGCUGAAGCAAGCAUCAGAGGCCGCUAUGAAUUUUAGAAGCGAGACUGCAAUGGAAGACGUGAGAAGGAAGAUGCCAAAAAUUGGAAGAAGAAGACUUGUUGAAGACUCCGGUAUCAUCCCUGGCCGCGGAUGGGAGGUUCAUGGAUGGGACCCCGUGAAACAAUUUUGCGACGGUUCGGCUCAGAGUGAAUGUUCCCGAACGCCAGGCAACGAUUGUCUCCUUUAUGGAGCCAACGAUAAACAUAUGGACGUCGCUGGUAGUAGUAUGAGUGGCUGGCUGGUCUUCACUGUUCCAAGGGUACAGGAAGGAAUCAUUAUGAUCCGUAUGGAAUGGUGGUGCUUCAUGAGUGGCGGACCUCACAUGGCCAACGGCUGGACCGAAGUCAAUGACGGAAAGACGACAGAUACUACGCCGUACAAUGUCACCGGCCCUGACAACCAGCGCAGAUUGCACUCGUUUGAGCCACUGGCUCGGCCUGACACUAGAAAACUCAAACCAACUUUUGAACAGACAGUUCCAACCGACUUGGAAAUGGACUGGGCGAUCAACGGAACCAUUAAUACCAUGAAAUAUGACGAAUGGAAAGACUAUAGUGUCGAAAAGGUGAAGAAUGUUGCGAUAUGGCCGCUAUUGAAUGAUCUGGAAAUGGCAGAAAAGAAAUGGGACGGUGCCCCAGUGGAAGUGGCAAUCAGAUUCCGGAGUGAACUGAAACCCAACUUGCCCUUUUGCAUAUCGCAUGUUUACUACGCAUAA